AUGAUAUUUCUAUUUUUGAUUUCAAUCUCCUUAUUAAAAAUUCACAAUGCCUCCUUUUUAAUAACAAAUCUCUUAAAAAUUUUUUUAAAAAAAUUUAAUAACCAAUUUUAUUGUGAAUAA